ACCUACAAAGCUUAUUCUAUAUCGAAGUUAGUAACUUUAUUGUAAUGAACAUUGCUACUAUUUUGGUAAUUUUAUCUCGUCACUGCAUAAUUACAAACAGAACAAACUUCUCAUCGUUCGUAGGGGUGGAUUCAGAUCUCGGCAAAGUCAAGUCAAUCUGAUAAUCAUCGUCAUCAGAAUCAGAUUCAGAUUCAGAUUUGAGAUUGAAAUCGCAACAACGCAUUGUCGAUCUGGACUCGAUGAGCACGUCUUCUCUUCCAGUCUCACAGUCACAGGGCACAAGAACGUUAUCGUCUGUGUCGGUGUCUGGAUUCACUCGACUCUGCAAAGGUCUCGCUCUCGUCCUCGUUGCGGCGCACCUUGUUCUCCAUUUCUUCCCUUAUGCUAUCACCUACCUCGCGCUCAUUCCCUCCAGGACAGUACCAUUUGCAUGGAACCUCAUUACAGCUGGUUACGUUGAACAAACUGUGCAUGGGGUAGUUAUCAGCGUAGUUUGCCUUCUAUUCAUUGGCAAGCUGCUUGAACCAGUAUGGGGUCCCAGGGAAUUUCUAAAGUUCAUCUUUGUUGUUAACAUCUUAACUUCUUUGUGCAUUUUCAUCACUGCUAUUGCGUUAUACUACAUUACAAGGCAGGAGAUUUACCUAUAUACACCACUUUCUGGAUUUCAUGGAGUUAUAUCAGGCUUCUUGGUUAGCAUCAAGCAAAUUAUACCAGAUCAAGAGAUUCCUUUCCUCAAGAUAAAAAUGAAGUGGCUAGCUUCUAUCAGUUUAUUAUGUUGUAUUGCUCUGAGCUUUUGGGUAAUAGAGGCAACAACAUAUCUCCCAACUGUUAUAUUUGGUACAUAUAUGAGCUGGAUUUACCUGAGAUACUGGCAGAGGAAGCCGGAAACAAAGCUUAAGGGUGACCCAAGUGAGGAUUUUGCAUUCUCUACAUUUUUCCCAGAGUUUUUAAGACCAGUAAUAGAUCCUAUUGCAUCGAUAUUUCAUCGAUUGCUCUGUGGAAGAUCUGAUGCUUCUGAUGAUGCUGAAGAUUACAAUCUUGGAAGUGAACCAUUGCCAGGUUCUGACCCCAUUGAGGCAUCUAGGAGACGAGAAAGAGGUGCCCGAGCACUGGAAGAAAGGUUGGCUAAUGAGAGGUUGGCUACUUCCCGGAGUGCAGGGGAGUUGCAUACAAGUCCUGCAGGAAAUGUAUAAUGCCCUAGAUUUUGUAAAUUCAGAUAAGUUUGGCCAAAAUGAAAUUAUCAUGAGCGAUAUUAUCACAAUUGGUAUAGAAAUGAGGUUUUUUUUUAUGUCCUAAAGAAAGAUUUUGAUUUGAAUUUGUCUUUGGACUGUGAUCUUCAUAAGAGUAAAGUUUCUGUUCCUUGUGUCACAUAAUUGAGCUGUCAUGGGUACCUAUAAUAUAUUUGAUUAUGCAACUGCGUUGAAGGUUUAGAACA